CAACAAUACGCAUUUUAUGGGCAUAUGAAUACUGACACGAUUGAUACAUCAGAACAUUUUAAUAAUUCCAGGCUAAAUGAACAUUUUGCUCCACCAUAUCAUUGGGCCGCCGUUUUCGACCGUAUCCUAGCAACAGUAAACAUGUUUUGCAAGCGACAAGUCAAAUGACAAGUUUGACAACAUGUCUGAAGUUGUGGUGAUGGAGCCAAUAAAUGGGGACAGCGCUGAUCUCUCAUCCACUGGUCUGCAGCAAGAUGACGAUUGCGAGGCUAAUCUUGAUCAAGAGGAGCCCCAGCAGAGGCUCCUCUCCUCCGAGGCCCAGACCGUCUCAAACAUAUUGGAGAACUGUAUCAGUCAACUCGAGAUAGCAGCAUCUCUAUCUGCCGUCCGCCAAUCGGUCUGCUCGUGUGAUGUUGUCCAAGAGGAGUUCAAUAGGAUCCUUGAGGUGCAUCAGAUGUUAACCAAAAGCCUGGAAACAUCAAAUGACCUCACAGAGGUCAUAGGUGGACCGGCUGGAGAAGAAAGUGCGAGAAGGAAAAGGAAGGCUCUACUCGAGAGAGAGUUCAAGUACUCUGUUAGGGAUUUGCUCAGGUUUUUUCGCACCUACCCCGAUAUCAUUAUGGGUUUGAGACUAGAGGUUGGCAUGGAAGUUGGGGAGACUGAGUACACACUCAUCGUAGGGCUGAAGAAAUUUCAUGUACAUAUGAUAGAGAGGUUGCAGACCACCCCAGAAGAGGAAAUACGGUUAGCUCUUGAGACAGUGUCACCUGACACAGAACUAAUUGUCAAACUAGAACAAACAGCUGCAGCUAUAAUACAAAAAGAUGUUGAGAUUUCCGAGAAGAAAGAUGACAUCGAAACUUUGGAGCGCCUUCUUAAGGAGAACCAGAUAGAAGUAGUCGACUGGAAGCUUUUCGCCAAUGAACAGUGCCAGUCCAUUAUCAAGGCUUCUCAGGAGAAGCAAGCCAGCAUCCAGCAGGAAAUAGACCGACUCAACAUUCGAAUCAACACUUCGACACUUAAAUUCAGAGAGGUGGAGAAAACACUUCAAGAGAUAAAUGAAAAUGUGGAGAUGGAAAUUGAGUACUUGAUCCAAAAGUUUGAUGACGAAAUACAAGAGCAUCAGACUGAUCUGGAGUUAUGUCAGUCGGAUGUUGAGAGGGAGGAAGCGGAACGUGAAAGACUGGAGAAACCUUAUGCUGAUCUGGAGAAGGAGUACGACUACAUCAUGGAAAAGCGUCGGAUUGCAGAUGAGAAACGAGUUGCUGCGCUUAAGCUUAAGGUUGCUCUUUAUUGUCAGUCAUGGUGGAGGGGCUACUGUACUCGCAAAUUCUUGAUCAGUAAUCCCAUCACGCCUCCUAAGAAGGGCAAAAAGGGCAAAGGCAAACGUAAGGGCAAAGGCAAAGGCAAGAAGAAAAAAUAGACCAGAUUUAAAAGUCCGCAAAAUACACAGUACGCAAUCUUAGAAAUAUCUGGAAUAUUUGUUGGCUUCUUCUUAGUCCUACAGAAUCUUGUCAAAAGAUGAUCACAGAUUUUACACCAGACGCCCUUCCUUACAAAACUCCCUCUUUUUUUUUCAAAGCCAAUCCAGCCAUCCAGCCACCAUAAAUGUUUCCUAAGAAUGUUACAUUAAUUUAUUUCAAAUUCAGUACAGUGGAGACCAGCUUCCACUCUUCGGCCUUCAAAAUUCCAAUUUCCAACUCAAUCUACUCAAUAAUUAACCCAAUAAUGGAUCAAAUUAACCCGAUCUGAUGAAUCCACAGCUACACUCGUAAAAACUGCUGGGUCAAAAACAACCCAAUUUAGGUUAAAAAUUGAGCCAACUUCCUGGGUCGCUCUAAUUUUUAAUCUAAGUUGGGUUGUUGUUAUUGUUUUUUUUUUUUACUUUGUAUAUUUGGGGACAGUCAUGCUGGAACAUCAAUUGGACAUGGGUCCACCGGUUGUUAUUUUCUUCAACACAUGAUGGCAGCAUGGGACUGCUCAAUGGUGACAUCCAGCGUUUGCCUCCUGGGAGUCAUGCUCCGCUCCAGAUUCAGUACAGAACCUGAUGUUGACGAAUGUUAAAAUGUGAUCUAUCGAAAUUUGACAUCUAAAAAUGUCCGCCUAAUCUUUAUUUGGGCCCAGCUGUCCUCAUGGUGGCUCUCCAUUUGAAGGAGGGUCAAAGAUCACGUAGCAACAGGAGUCAUUCAAAAUGAAUGAAUGCCCUGGGGAAAAGUUAUAUAUUUCGAUUUCUGUUGAGUUAACUUGGUUUCUAUCUCACAAUGUAUCUUUCCUAGGUGAUGUUGGUACAUUUUUCUGAAAAAUUAAGAAUUGAAAAUGUUUUUGAGAUUAAAAACAGUUUUAUGUGACUCCA